AUGGGUAAGCAAAAGACAAUUGAUGCCAGAAAGGCAUAUUAUGAAAGGGAUAUUGAAAAAUGCAAAGAAGUUCAUAGUCAUUAUCAUAGUUUAGAUAAGCAUGAUGAGCAACAUAGUCUUGAUAAAGAUCAUUUAAAAACGAUCAUAUUUGGAAGUUUAGAUGGAAUAAUUACAAUUUUUGCAAUUGUUUCCGGUUGUGUGGGUGCUAAUAUAACACCUGCACAAGUCAUAAUUAUUGGUGUUGGUAAUUUAUUUGCAAAUGCCAUUUCUAUGGGGUUUAGUGAAUAUACUAGUUCAACAGCACAAAUAGAUUUUAUGGCAGCAGAAAGACAAAGAGAAGAAUGGGAAAUAGAAAAUUGCCCAACAGAAGAAAAACAAGAAAUGAUUGAUAUUUAUAUUAAUAAAUAUAAAUUUGAUAGUAAGGAUGCAAAAAAUUUAGUAGAAAUAACUUUUAGAAAUAAAAAUUUUUUUUUAGAACAUAUGAUGUCAGAAGAAUUAGGUCUUAUAUUAACUAAUGAAGAUAAAAGUGAAGCACUCAAAAAAGGAAUUUUAAUGUUUUUAAGUUUUUGUUUUUUUGGUAUGAUACCAUUAUUUUCCUAUGUACUUUACAAUAUGUUUUUUGGUGCAGCAAAUUACACUGCUUCAUUUGCCGUUGUUUUUAUAUCAACCCUUAUUACUUUGUUCAUUUUGGGCUUAUUCAAGUCCCAGUUUACCACUCAAAAGCCAAUUGUGUGCGCCCUUAGUAUGGUUCUAAAUGGGUCGAUUGCUGGAAUGCUUCCAUUUUUAUUUGGUGUUUUGCUUAAGACAAACACAGGGGAUUAA